AUGAUGCCGUUGGCGGUUAGCCUUGGCAUCUCGGAGCAUGGAGGCAUGCCUGUCCAGCAGUUGCCAUCCAACCUCGUUCUGAAAUUCUCGCAUUGCAAGAACGUUCGGGUGUCCAGUCUGCGUCACAGUGCGUCCACCGUCCAGUCUGCAUGGCAGCACUCCACUGAUGCCAUGGUCGGGGCCCCACCGCCCAAGGAGCACAACACCAGCAAAGUUCCAGCCUGGGAGGAUGCACAGGAGUUGGUUGCACUCGACCGCCUGCGGUUUCAGCAUUUGCACCGAGUGCUCUAUGCCCACAGGCAGCGAGUCGAAAAUGCAAACUCCUAUUAUGAUGUCUUCGAGACGGAAAGGCAGACCGGCGUGUUGCUCGCCCGCUCAGAGGCCAUGCGGAUCUCCAGGGCAAGGCGGAAGGAAGAGGAAACCGACAGUCUCAAUCGCGACAAUCAGCGAUUGGUCGAACGGCUGGGUGCUGUGAUGCGUGAGUCCGAGGGCCGACGGCGACAAAUACUGGCGCCCAAGCCGCCGAGCUCUGCCCCAGCAGGUUCCUUGAACUUGACGUUGCGGCGCAAGGCUGCCCGACAAAUUGACAAGGACAACAAAGUCCUUCUAGACAGACUGGUUCGCAUUGGGCCAACAGUCAGCGGGCGUGCCGAACUUGCAUCUCGAUAUGAGGUCUACACAACGCUGGUGAAUAGGCACUCCAGGCUUCGACGCACAGUCAGCAAGGCAGACGUUUUCAGGACACCGCCGCCGCCCAUCAGGCAGCCUCGCUUUCGAAAGCCAAAGCGAGCUACAGCAGAGGCGCCUCUUCUACCCCUUCCAGCCGUCGUCAAAUCCGCCAAGGAGGAGCCAGCUCCUGAUGCACGGCCGGAAACUCCGGAGCCGCUGCACAGCGCGCGGAAGGCGGCGCAGAAAGAAGUGGAACUCGUGGGUCAGCAUGUGUUGAACAAGCUUGCUCCCGAAGAUCUGGAUGGCAAUGCUGAUGCUUCAGGUACCCAGAAGACGCGCGCAGAUACGGUGGGAAGCGGCACAUACUCUGAGUAUGACUUCGACAGCGAGGACGCGGAUGCCCGGAGCGGAACACCGGAGCCAAAGCGAUCUGCCAAGCAGGCGGCCCAGAACGAGCUGGAGCUGGUCGAGAAGAAGGUGCUUCAAAAGAUCCACUCGGAAGGAGCUGUCGGCGAGGUCGUCGCAAGCGGUGCAGCCGCAGCCGACGCCGCCGCCGCAGAUCCAGGCGCAUCAUUCAAUGCUGGCGGAACAUACUCAGACUUCGAAGGAAGCGAUGGCGAGGCGCGAGCCGCCGCAGAAUCGCAGGGAGAGGACUCUGAGUAUGAGGAUGAUUGCGAAGCGGAGGAUGCCUACAGUGAUACUUUCGAGGUUGAAGAUGCAGAUGAAGAGGCUGAAGAGGCUGAGAGUGAGGCUAACAGCCCCCCCGGCAACAUUGCCGGUAACAUCAUCGGCAACAUCGUUGGCAGCGUUUCAGCCACAGCCGAUCCCCAAGAGAGAGGCGCCGCAACAGGCCACGCGAUCAGCGAGCCUUCGGACUCCGCCAGCCGGUACUCGGAGCCGGAAGAGGCUCCGAUUGCCGAGGCCGAGGAGCCCGAGUCCGAAUACUCGGAAAAUCUCGAGGCAGAGGUCUCCGAGUCCGACAGGGACAGCCCGGACAGGCAGGAUGGAGACGGUCGCUACUACACCCCCAGCGACGCAUCUGAUCCGGAUGCUGGCGUCGAUGCGCGUCAGAGCUCCAUCGCUAGUUAUGACGACGACGGCAUUCUCGAGGAGGACUCAGGUGAGUCCCUGCAUCCACCAGGCGUUCACCUGGGUAGCAGAUCCUGCUCUCCACAGUUCGUUUGCAUGGUCUCUGCGCGCCAAUUUCUACUGGGUGCCCUGUUGGCAUUGGGGCUGUCAACCAGUGCAGAAGAUCCUGGCUUGUUGGCAGAGGUCGCGCGUCUCAAAGCCGAAGUCGAGCGCCUCAAGGCUACACAAGCUCCAAAUCCUCCGCAACAGUUCGGGUAUGGCCAGGCUGGCCAGGCAUACGGACACCAGGCCGCAGGGACCGGUCAACCCACACCGGUCCACCCGGGCUUCCAGGGCCCAGGGCCCUAUGGCCAAGGCGGUGCGUACAGCUUCGGGCAGCCUCAGCAAGCCCACGGAGCCUCGUAUGGCCAGCAGCCCGGCUACGGCCAGGCAUACAGUCAGCAGGCAUACGGCCAACAACCGGCAUACAGCCAGCAGCAGGCCUACAGCCAGCAGCAGGCAUACAGCCCGCAGCAGGCUUACAGCCAGCAGGCCUACGGCCAGCAGGCCUACGGCCAGCAGCCGGCAUAUGGCCAGCCAGCGCAGUACCAGGCACAAGGCUAUGCGGGGCAGAAUUACGGAACUUGUGGCGUUUUCGGCUCCAAGGAGCAGAUCCCGGAAGGCACUCCGGCAGUCGUUCGGAAGCCUUGGCACAUCCCCAUCUGCCACUUUGACGACAUCUCCAGGCACAGUGCGCUUCAGAAGCUCGCCCUUCUAGAGCAGGACCCUGUCGAGGCAUCGUAUCAGAUUCACGAGGCAUGGGAAGAGAACCCGGGAUUGUUUGAUGCAUGCCCGGCUGGGGUGGUGACAGCUUUAGUAUAUCUUUCCAUAGCUCAGGACAGAGACUGGAAGUACCGACUUCUUCACCGAGCCACCUACAUGCUCUAUGCAACGCCCGGGCUCAUGUCCAAGAUGGAGUCCGGCCGCUGGCCGAUGUCGGAUAGGCUGAUUAGAACCAUGUACCACAACUCCGAAGUUCUGGGUAAGCAGCCCUUAAAACUGGCUGAAGUUGAGGUGCAGCCUGGUCAAACAGCAGCCUCUCCGGCAGAUACUGGUAUGGGCGAGGCCGUGGACCUCGGGAUGAGACAUCGGGACUCCGUGGCGGUUCAUUUCACCACCGUCCUGUUCUAUCAUUUCUACCAUCAGGAGCGAUCCCCAUGUGCGUGCCGCACGCGCUCUUGGUGUUUGCCGUUCUGGACGAGGUAUGUGACCAACAGCUCAGUCGAUGUGUGGCUCGCGGCCCGUGAUGAGCAGAAGACGCUCUAUCGGAUGGACCGCAGCGGAUGCCUUCGCAACUCUGGGCACAGUUUGGCAUCAAAUUACUUUGCGGAGCCCAUUGACCUGAUGUUUGUCUUCGAAAUCAACGCUUUGAUGCAUCCCAUGACGCGGGUGAUGCCGGCACGCCGGGUUCUGCUAUACCCGACGUACGAUUUGUCAGAUGAUCAAAUCUCGAAUUUCGAGGACCUUGGCGUUUCUGUGCUGCCAGAUGAUGCCAUCCUGAAGCCGCCGAAUCCAUCGUUUAGAAAGACGCUGGAUGAGGCCAUUAUGCAGAGACAGAGGCGCCUUCAGAGACCCAAGGACAAGUUGCUGAUUUUCCCCGCAGAUAUCCGGCCGAUCAAGAGGCAGCUGGACUUCCUCUCGGGGCUGCUCUUCGAAGGGGCCAGGAAGCCAUCCGCCGUCCAGCGCCUGCGCGGGCUCACGAUCGUCGUGGCCGGCGGCUGCGACGGGAACCAGACCUACUGCAAUGAGGUCGUGACGCUGACGCAGAAGAUCAAUGCGGAGAAGCUGCUCAACGUCGUCGUGGCGGACCAGCUAAAGGACGAGGAGCUUGCACAGCUUUUCACGGCUUCCUUGGGAAUUGUCAUGCAUUCGGUGAUUGACUGCAACCCUCGAGUGAUCUACGAGGGGCUGGUCACCGACACCCCCUUCUACGUCACAGAGUCCACCCGCUUGCCGCCUUUGGUCCAACACCUCGGUCACGUCACAGACGGAGACCCAGCAAUGGUUGCCGAGCGGUUGGCAGACUUUGUUGAGCUUUGCGAGGCUGGCGGCUUUACAGGCCGUCCAAGAGAGUUUGCUCGUAGGCACUUGACCGAGGCUGAUAUCUACAGGAAAAUGGUAGAGUGGAUGGAUCAGAAGUAUCUGAGUGGCGUAGAGUCUCAGCCCAUCAUCCGCGGGGAGGAAGCUCUCGACAGCUUCGGCGGUGGCCUGGGCAACAUCCUGGGAGGAGCUGGCCUCGGGGGUCUUGGCGGCCUUGGGGCGAUGGGAGGUGGGACUGCCGCGAAAGGUGGAGCAUUCGGAGGUGCUGCCGGCGCAGGCUUCUCCAUCAAGGAGCCAGUGCGGCGGUAG